CACCCACACCGGCACGCACACCGCGACCAAAAUUUCCGCACAGCAAAAGUAGAUUAAAAACCUCGCAAAAUUGUUAACUUUGCAAUAUUUUUUGGAUUAAUUAAUGGUUCCAGCCAUGUUUAGACGUGGGAAAAGAUUAUUGAAGCAGUCCAACAGUACAUCAAAUGCUCGAUUACCAGUUUUGGUUGCAUUGCUGCUUCUAAUAUUGGUAGCAUUGGCGUUGUUUGGAAAAAAUGCUGAUAAAUCCAGUUCUAUGUCUGAGAUUUUGAACCAAAAAUGGAACAGCUUUGAUUCUUUGGUUCGAUUAGACCCGAAUGUAGAGUUCCGGAAUGGGACUGAUUUUAUAUGGCAGAUACCUGACUCGCCUAAGGCAGUGCUCUUCUUGUCCCAUGGUUGUAAUGGUAGAGCAGCAAAUUUUUGGGAUAAGUCACCCAAAUGCUCAAACUGUGUUGGUUUACCUGAAGAGAGGCUCAUCGUGCUGCAUGCUUUGGCUAGAAAUUUUGCUGUCCUCUCCAUAUCAAGUAAUGGAAGAUGCUGGUCACUUAGGACCGAAAGACGGAUUGUCAAAGACAUCAUUGAGAGUUGGGUUGUGAAACAAAAUCUUGAAAAGCUGCCUCUUUUUGCUUUGGGUGCCUCCUCGGGCGGAUAUUUUGUCUCAGUACUUGCAACAGAUAUGAGAUUCAGAGGUAUUACUCUAAUGAUUGCUGAAGGGGUGUUGGGUCACAUGGAAAUUACAAAGGAUUACCCACCUAUACUUUUUGUGCACAUGCCGAAAGAUGAAAAUAGGAGGCGGAGGAUUGAAAAGUACUUAAUAGUUCUGAGGGAGAAAGGUGUUGAUGUCACAGAAAUUAAAUGCAUGGAAUUCCCAUUAACACCUGAUUUUUUUGCUAACAGAAUCCCAGGUCUUGAUCUAACCCUUUCAAGAAAAUUGUUUGAUUUGUUUACAGAAAAGGGCUUUAUUGACAAAAAUAGUUAUAUGAGAGAUGAUGGGCGUAGAAUACCUUGGAAAACAGUUCUUCAGGAGAGAAAUAUUCUUCUUCCAGAUAAAUCAUUGGUUAAUCACAUUCAGGAGGAAAUGAAUCUUGCUUUUGCUUAUCAUGAAAUGACUAGUUUGCAGUCUCAGCAAAUCUUUGACUGGUUUGAAUCUCACUUGAAUUGAUCAGUAUUUGGCAUGGUCACAUUCUCCCUUUCUUCGGCCUGAGAGAACACCAUUGAACACUGUUUCAAUCAGAACUACUGCCAAACCAGAAAGUGAUUUAUUAAAGCUGAAUGCUUUGAAGUUUGAAUAGCUAUGGAUACACUUUCAAUCAUCUGUCCAAUCCGGUUAGUUUUGCAAGGAGGGAUUCAUAUA